AUGAACAAGAAGGAAGAGGCCUCGAAUCUUGAGAAGAAAAUCAAUGAUGCCUUCAAGCUUUUUGAUCACACGGGGUCAGAUGCAGUCGACGUGAGAGAAAUAGGAACCAUUAUCAGAUCAUUGGGCUGCUGCCCAUCGGAAUCUGAGCUACAAGAAAUACUCGUCCAGGUCGAGGACCAGGAAAUGACUGGCAGCGUCAAGCUCAAUAGGUUUCUGCCAGUGAUGGCUGAAAUUCUUCAAGAGAAUCGCUUACAAGGGGCAGAGCCUGAGCUUUUGCUGGCGGCACUAAAAACUUUCGACUUUGAAGGAAAGGGUACUGUUGAUCCUGAAAGACUAAGAGAACUGUUGACCACCGAGGGAGAAGCGUUUUCCCAAGAGGAGAUGGACGACAUGCUAGCAGCCGCUGUAGACCCGAACACAAGCUUAAUACCCUAUGAGGAUUUUGUGCCGAAGCUAAUGGUAAAAUUAAUUUUCGAAUAA